AUGGACAUUUCCAAAUGGAACAAGCCAGGGAGAUCAUUGCCCAGGAUUCAAUGCCAGAGGAGGUCUUUUGCCGUCGAGGGUCGCUGGUCGAUGAUUUGGAGUUUUGGAUGGCGGUGUUACGAAGCACUAACUCCCCCUUUUAGCGAGUCUUGUUUCGACGCUUUACCAGAGAAUAUUUCCUAUUUUACUCCAGCCGUGGACAUUGCCAAGUGGACUGAGGACGUAUCAGGAGCCGCUAUUCCCCCACAGGAUUUCCUUUUUUCUUCUCCAGAUCCCCAGGACAUGAGUGGUCCGGAUGCUAUCGAAUUGAAGCAUGAUACAGCUUCUGUAUACAGCAUGGACAGCGCAUACCAAAGCCAGACAGGCGCUGACCGGCGCGGAAACACUGUUCCAGAAGGAUUUCAAUCGCUUACCCCACAGGAUACCCGGAGUCGUGUGAGCAGUCAGUUCCUACGGAGCGACAUAUACUCGCCAACUCUUAGCCCCGACAACUUUAAUGCUUUCCCGGAGCAGCAUACCGACAUGACUCAGAUACAUCUACCGUCCGCAGCCGAAGAGCCAGAAAUUGGAGGGAUCCCAUUCGGGUAUUCUAAUUACUCCGCUGGACAGGACUUUACCCAGUUCUCAACCACUAGUGUACCUCGAACCACAUCAGCGAGCGGGAUGGACAUUGGCUCCAACUGGGUUUUCGCUGACUCACACAAUUUCAGCAAUUCGUACGAUUUCUUGUAUCCCAAGUCAUCGCACAGCCUCGAAGCAGCGCUUUACCCGAGCCAAGACCCAGGAGAACUAAUGUUCACGAACACUGUCCCUCAGCAGAGGACUAUUCGCAAACCUCCACCGCAACUCGACACCAACAUUCGUUCUACCAGUGUCCGAGGCUCCUCUUCGUUCUCUACAAACCAACGGGAUACGCGGCCGCCGUCAACAAACGAUCCAACUUUUGGUACCUUCGUCAUGUCUCCGACAAGUUCCGUAAAUGUCCAGUUGUCCAUGAAUACGGCAGCUGAUUUUGAAGAGCGACGUUUUGAAAUCAUAACCGAGAAGGACGAUACCGCGUCUACUUCGUUAGCUGCUCGAUCAGUGAAUGAUGAAGACGAAUCGAUGUCCCCAUCCGACGCCGCCGAAGCUAAGAACAUGGAUGAUGAACAGGGCAAAGUGGCUCGCAGCCAUCCCCUCUACCAGGCGAAGCCAGACGAAAACGGAAAAUACCACUGUCCCAAUGAGGGUAAAUCCGGCUGCAACCACGUCCCUACCACUCUUAAGUGUAACUACGAUAAAUACGUGGACUCCCAUCUGAAACCUUUCCGCUGCAACAAGAAGGUUUGCGUUGGCGUCCAAUUUUCUUCCACUGCUUGUCUUCUCCGACAUGAGCGAGAGGCCCACGGAAUGUAUGGGCACGGAUCAAGGCCUCAUCUCUGCCAGUACACGGACUGCGAGAGGUCUCUGCCCGGAAAUGGUUUCCCACGUCGAUACAACCUUUUCGACCAUAUGAAGCGUGUUCAUGACUGGACUGGUCCGACCGCGGAGCUAUCCCCUCCCGUUACCACUGGGAGCACCCGGAAGCACACCACGCGGAAACGCCGGUCUACUGCCGAUGAGGGUACAGAGAGGCGCCACAAGAUAACCAAACCAGACCCUCAAAAGCAACUUCAACAACGACGCCAACAACUUAAGCAGGACUUCUUGAGCAAGAAACAGAGUAUCAUUAAUAUGCUGACAAACCUCACCGGUCCCAAUGACUUGAUGGAAGAUAUUCAGCUCACCAAGGAGGUUAUUCUUCUCCACGAUAUCUCCACCGAGUACAAAAAGAGUCUUGGCUGA